AUGGAGGCAGACAGACGUGAAUGCAUAUGUUUGCAUCACAACAACCCCGCCCCAUUCUUCCGCUUUUCAUCACCCCGCCCCAUUCUCCCGCUUUCCAUCACCCCGCCCCAUUCUCCCGCUUUCCAUCACCCCGCCCCAUUCUCCCGCUUUCCAUCACCCCGCCCCAUUCUCCCGCUUUCCAUCACUCCGCCCCAUUCUCCCGCUUUCCAUCACCCCGCCCAAUUCUCCCGCUUUCCAUCACCCCGCCCCAUUCUCCCGCUUUCCAUCACCCCGCCCCAUUCUCCCGCUUUCCAUCACCUCGCACCAUUCUCCCGCUUUCCAUCACCCCGCCCCAUUCUCCCGCUUUCCAUCACCCCGCCCCAUUCUCCCGCUUUCCAUCACCCCGCCCCUUUCUCCCUCUUUCCACCACCCUGCCCCAUUCUCCCGCUUUCCAUCACCCCGCCCCAUUCUCCCGCUUUCCAUCACCCCACCCCAUUCUCCCGUUUUCCAUCACCCCGCCCCAUUCUCCCGCUUUCCAUCACCCCGCCCCAUUCUCCCUCUUUUCAUCACCCCGCCCCAUUCUUCCUCUUUCCAUCACCCCACCCCAUCCUCCCUCUUUCCAUCGCCCCGCCCCAUUCUUCCACUUUUCAUCACCCCGUCCCAUUCUCCCUCUUUCCAUCACCCCACCCCAUUCCCCCUCUUUCCAUCAGCCUGCCCCAUUCUCCCGCUCUCCAUCACCCCGCCCUAUUCUCCCUAUUUCUAACACCCCGCCCCAUUCUCCCGCUUUCCAUCACCCCGCUUUCCAUCACCCCGCCCCAUUCUCCCGCUUUCCAUCACCCCGCCCCAUUCUCCCUCUUUCCAUCACCCCGCCCCAUUCUCCCUCUUUCCAUCACCUCGCCCUAUUCUCCCUCUUCCCAUCACCCCGCCCCAUUCUCCCACUUUCCAUUACCCCACCCCAUUCUCCCGAUUUCCAUCACCCCGCCCCAUUCUCCCUCUGUCCAUCACCCCUGCCCCAUUCUCACGCUUUCCAUCAUCCCGCCCCAUUCUCCCGCUUUCCAUCACCCCGCCCCUUUCUUCCUCUUUCCAUCACCCCGCCCCAUUCUCCCGCUUUCCAUCUCCCCAACCCAUUCUCCCGCUUUCCAUCACCCCGCCCCAUUCUCCCACUUUCCAUCACCCCGCCCCAUUCUCCCGCUUUCCAUCACCCCGCCCCAUUCUUCCGCUUUCCAUCACCCCGCCCCAUUCUCUCUCUUUCCAUCACCCCGCCCCAUUCUACCGCUUUCCAUCACCCCGCCCCAUUCUUCCGCUUUCCAUCACCCCGCCCCUUUCUUCCUCUUUCCAUCACCCCGCCCUUAUCUCCCGCUUUCCAUCACCCCGCCCCAUUCUCCCGCUUUCCAUCACCCCGCACCACUCUCCCGCUUUCCAUCACCCCGCCCCAUUCUCCCUCUUUCCAUCACCCCGCCCCAUUCUCCCUCUUUUCAUCACCCGCCCCUUUCUCCCUCUUUCCAUCACCCCACCCCAUUCUCCCUCUUUCCAUCACCCCGCCCCAUUCUCCCGCUUUCCAUCACCCCACCCCAUUCUCCCGCUUUCCAUCACCCCGCCCAAUUCCCCCUCUUUCCAUCAACACGCCCCAUUAUCCCGCUUUCUAUCACCCCGCCCCAUUCUCCCUAUUUUGAUCACCCCGCCCCAUUCUCCCGCUUUCCAUCACCCCGCCCCAUUCUCCCGUUUUCCAUCACCCCGCCCCAUUCUCCUGCUUUCCAUCACCCCGCCCUCUUCUCCCGCUUUCCAUCACCCCGCCCCAUUCUCCCGCUUUCCAUCACCCCGUCCCAUUCUCCCUCUUUUCAUCACCCCGCCCCAUUCUCCCUCUUUCCACCACCCCGCCCCGUUCUCCCGCUUUCCAUCACCCUGGCCCAUUCUCCCUAUUUCCAUCACCCCGCUCCAUUCUCCCACUUUCCAUCACCCCGCCCCAUUCUCCCGCUUUCCGUCACCCCGCCCCAUUCUCCCGCUUUCCAUCACCCCGCCCCAUUCUCCCUCUUUCCAUCACCCCGCCCCACCCGCCCCAUUCUCCCGCUUUCCAUCACCCCGCCCCAUUCUCCAACUUUCCAUCACCCCGCCCCAUUCUCCCGCUUUCCAUCAUCCCGCCCAAUUCUCCCGCUUUCCAUCACCACGCCCCAUUCUCCCGCUUUCCAUCACCCCACCCCAUUCUCCCGCGUUCCAUCACCCCGCCCCAUUCUCCCGCUUUCCAUCACCCCGCCCCAUUCUCCCGCUUUCCAUCACCCCGCCCCAUUCUUCCGCUUUCCAUCACCCCGCCCCAUUCACCCCGCCCCAUUCUCCCUCUUUCCACCACCCCGCCCCGUUCUCCCGCUUUCCAUCACCCUGGCCCAUUCUCCCUAUUUUGAUCACCCCGCCCCAUUCUCCCGCUUUCCAUCACCCCGCCCCAUUCUCCCGUUUUCCAUCACCCCGCCCCAUUCUCCUGCUUUCCAUCACCCCGCCCGAUUCUCCUGCUUUCCAUCACCCCGCCCCAUUCUCCCGCUUUCCAUCACCCCGUCCCAUUCUCCCUCUUUUCAUCACCCCGCCCCAUUCUCCCUCUUUCCACCACCCCGCCCCGUUCUCCCGCUUUCCAUCACCCUGGCCCAUUCUCCCUAUUUCCAUCACCCCGCUCCAUUCUCCCACUUUCCAUCAUCCCGCCCCAUUCUCCCGCUUUCCAUCACCCCGCCCCUUUCUUCCUCUUUCCAUCACCCCGCCCCAUUCUUCCGCUUUCCAUCUCCCCAACCCAUUCUAACGCUUUUCAUCACCCCGCCCCAUUCUCCCGCUUUCCAUCACCCCGCCCCAUUCUACCGCUUUCCAUCACCCCGCCCCAUUCUUCCGCUUUCCAUCACCCCGCCCCAUUCUCUCUCUUUCCAUCUCCCCGCCCCAUUCUCCCUCUCUCCAUCACCCCGCCCCAUUUUCCCGCUUUCCAUCAUCCCGCCCCAUUCUCCCGCUUUCCAUCACCCCGACCCAUUCUCCCGCUUUCCAUCACCCCGCCCCAUUCUCAAGCUUUCCCUCACCUCGCCCCAUGCUCCCGCUUUCCAUCACCCCGCCCCAUUCUCCCGCUUUCCAUCACCCCGCCCCAUUCUUCCGCUUUCCAUUACCCCGCCCCAUUCUCCUGCUUUCCAUCACCCCGCCCCAUUCUCCCGCUUUCCAUCACUUCGCCCCAUUCUCCUGCUUUCCAUCACCCCGCCCCUUUCUUCCUCUUUCCAUCACCCCGCCCCAAUCUCCCGCUUUCCAUCACCCCGCCCCAUUCUCCCGCUUUCCAUCAACCCGCCCCAUUCUCCCGCUUUCCAUCACCCCGCCCCAUUCUCCCUCUUUCCAUCACCCCGCCCCAUUCUCCCUCUUUUCAUCACCCGCCCCUUUCUCCCUCUUUCCAUCACCCCACCCCAUUCUCCCUCUUUCCAUCACCCCGCCCCAUUCUCCCGCUUUCCAUCACCCCACCCCAUUCUCCCGCUUUCCAUCACCCCGCCCAAUUCCCCCUCUUUCCAUCAACCCGCCCCAUUAUCCCGCUUUCUAUCACCCCGCCCCAUUCUCCCUAUUUUGAUCACCCCGCCCCAUUCUCCCGCUUUCCAUCACCCCGCCCCAUUCUCCCGUUUUCCAUCACCCCGCCCCAUUCUCCUGCUUUCCAUCACCCCGCCCUAUUCUCCCGCUUUCCAUCACCCCGCCCCAUUCUCCCGCUUUCCAUCACCCCGUCCCAUUCUCCCUCUUUUCAUCACCCCGCCCCAUUCUCCCUCUUUCCACCACCCCGCCCCGUUCUCCCGCUUUCCAUCACCCUGGCCCAUUCUCCCUAUUUCCAUCACCCCGCUCCAUUCUCCCACUUUCCAUCACCCCGCCCCAUUCUCCCGCUUUCCGUCACCCCGCCCCAUUCUCCCGCUUUCCAUCACCCCGCCCCAUUCUCCCUCUUUCCAUCACCCCGCCUCA